AAUUACUGUACACUAUUAUAAUAUACCACCCGUGUAGCGCACACACGCUCGCAAUAUCGUGACAGUGUAUUGCAUUAUAUAGGUAUUGUCGUCCGUCGUGUGCACGUCGGCACAUCGCUCUACACGGCGUCGUAUCGCGGUCACGCGCGCACACACGCACACGCCAUACACACACCAACUCGCGAUCGAGCGCGCUCGGCCGUCUAUAUACACGUGAGACAGGCGCGUCGGGCGGCAAUCGCUUUUCAGUCCGUCUUCGGGCAGUGUCGCGCGUCCGUCCGUCCGUCCUUGUUCUUCUAUACAAUAUAAUAUAUUAUCGUAAUAUCCAUCCGCGCCGCCGCCGACUCCGACUGUCCGCGUCCGCAGCACGGCGAAUCGCGUCGAUCUCCCGUCGUCGGACUACCGUUGCGACCGAACCCGUAAGCAUUGGCGUCGUCCCGAACAUGUGACGCGGCCGCCGCCGACGCGGACGGUGCCGCACCAUCGCCGCCGGCCCGGACGUGCCGCCGAGCACCGCAGCCGCAGCAGCCGUCGCCCCGGCUGGCCGCUAUGAUCGGCGGGUUCUUCAACAAGCCCGUCGGCCGGCAGUACGUGGCAGCGUUCGUCGCGUCGCUGUCGGUGAUGAUGGCGGGCACGUCGUUGGGUUGGCCGUCACCGGUGCUGGCCAAGCUGUCUAACGGCGGGCUGACGAUGGCCGCCACCAACGAACAACAGUCGUGGAUGAUCGCCAUGCUGGAGCUGGGCAACCUGCUGUCGCCGAUACCGUUCGGGCUGCUCGUGGACAUGGUGGGCCGGAAACCGUGUCUGUUGCUCACCGGGCCCCUAUACAUCGUCAGCUGGUUGAUGGUGCUGUGGAGCAGCACCAUCGGCGUGCUGUACUGGGUGCGGCUGCUGCAGGGCGCGUGCAUCGGCAUCAUAACCACGGUGGCGCCAAUCUACAUCGGCGAGAUAGCAGGCGACGGGAUCCGCGGCGCGCUCAGCACGUUCUUCAACGGCAUGCUCAACGCCGGCAUACUGUACGUAUACUGCGUCGGGCCACUCGUGUCGUACGACGCGCUCACGUACUACUCGCUGCUGGUGCCGUGCGCGUUCCUGGGCACGUGCCUGUGGAUACCCGAGUCGCCGUAUUACUAUGUGCUCCGGGACGACGACAAGAAGGCGCACGAGUCGGUGGCGUGGCUGCACGGCGACGCGGAAUCGGACGUGGUGGUCCGCGAGCUGAUGCGCAUCAAGGCCGAGGCCCGAGACGACCUCCGGGACAAGGGGUCGGUGCGCGACCUGUUCGGGUCCCGGUGCAGCCGCAAGGCGUUCCUGAUCGUUCAGAUCGUGGCCGCGGCCGACGUGCUGUCCGGCAUGACCACCGUGCUGGCGUACGCGUCUUCCACGUUCGCGCACGCCGACACGGACAAGACGCUGUCCCCGGACCAGUUCACCAUGCUGCUCGGCGUGCUGAUAUUCUGCACCACGUUCGUCACCGGCUACCUGGUGGACAAGCUGGGCCGCCGGCCGCUGCUGCUGUUCUCGUGUUUCGGAUGCGGCGCGUUCGAGCUGGUCACCGGGCUGUACUACUACAAGCGGUGGGUCGGGUUCGAGUCGCUGGGCGCCUGGAUACCGUUCACGGCCAUCGGAUCGUUCGCCGUUAUCUACAGCAUAGGGCUCGGGCCGCUGUUGCCCACGCUCCAGGGCGAAAUGUUCCCGUCCAACGUCCGCGGCCUGGCCAGUGCCAUCACGUCCGUCACGCUCACCGUCAUAUCGUUCGUCGGCCUCAAGAUGUACCAGGUAAUCACCGACCAGUGGGGCAUACACGUCAACUACUUCAUAUACGGCACCGGGUGCCUGGUCUCGUUCCUGUUGAUCUACCGAUUCCUGCCCGAGACCAAGGGCAAGACGUUCGCGCAGAUCCAGAGCGAGAUCAUGAAGACCAUCGACGACCGGCCGUCCCGCGGCAAGAACCGCCGCAAACCCGUCAACGCCAACACGACGGACGUCUAGAUGCGCUUGGCGACGCGUAUUCAUCGCACGCGGUCGCAGCAGUAUUUGCCGAUAAAAUAAUAAUUAAUAUUAUGAAGGGGUUGAUGAUAUUAUAUAUUGUAUCAUAAUAUUGUUUUCGUGUUUUUUUUUCUAUUCAUCAUUCUCUUCGCAUUUUAUUUCUGUAUAGUAUUAAACUAUUUAUACGUUUAUAUAUUAUUUAUAUAUAUAUAUAUAUGGUUAGAUACGACGGCGUAGGUCUAGUAUAAAUAAAUUAUUAUAAAAUAUACAUAUAGUGAUGACGACGACGACCGAGCCAUUCCGCGUGUAGGUAAUUCGGUUGUACAUAAUAUAUAUUAUGUGUAUGCGUACGUUACACGUCAAACGACCCCAGCCGAUCGUCGGCCAGUGGUACGACUGGUGGGUAUGGGUGGAGGGCGGAGAGGAUUGAGAUUUUACGGAGCUGACGUGAGGUCGGUUUUCCUUUUUGACGUUUCGAACUCGAAUCUUCCGCCGUAGCGAUAGUGAUCAAUAAGACACGUCGCCGUCGCAUUACAAUGGGACCGUAAAGGGGCCGAAGGGCGCGUAACGGCACUGCCAUACUUUUCGUUCGCGUUUGAUUGACAGUUAUCCUCUACUGUAUACACGCGAUCACACGCACAUCCACGAGCACACACUGCCGCAACAAUAUUAUACACGCAUAAUAGUAAUACAUAUAUAUAUAUAUACGAGUAUAAACGUACGUAUAUCUGAGUCCCGAAGAGGGAUAAAGUUGCGGAAAUUGCGUUAAGCUUCGUUUUGCUCCGAAAACAACGUGCACCGGAGACCCUAAUCAAUCAUAAAUGAUUUUAGUGACAUGUUCGGUGAAGGAGACUGAAGCUGUUCCGUCCGCCGCCCAAAAACUCAUCGAAAACAAUUUCCAUACGUCAAAACCGCCCGAACAAUGUUAAUUUAUGUAUAUUUUUAUACACCGAAUGUUAAAAUAAUAUAUUACCAAACAUCACUGUACCGUAACAUAUUAUUAUUAUUAUUAUUAUUAUUAUUAUAUUAUAUUAUU